AUGGCGACGAAUCCCCAAGAUUGGGAGCUCCGAACAAAGGACUCUGCCGGGGUCGCAACAGAUGACCAAAACAACCAACAAUCACAAGUCCGGUUCAAAUCUACCAUUGAAGAGAUUGCGCCCGAUAAUGCCACUUCAACAAGUCUACCACUGGCCAACGGUAACCCUCUUGGGAACCCCGGCCAGGUGACUUCUGAGGACAUCCGCCAGCUUUCCGACCGGUUGAGGACCUGCCCGCUUCAGGAGCGCAGAAUGAACAUAUUUUCAUACGAACCGGUUUCGUUACCGCCUUCAAGGACCAUUUCUCGUGAUGAAGAGUCCCGGGAACCGAGCCGGCAACCAACUCGAAGCUCGACUGCCCAUGGCUCGCCGCGCCUGGGCGCUAGCCGACGAAGCGCGGAUAUUCACUCGCCACCUCUUACACCAGCUGGGACAGACACCACCGAAGGUGGGUUAAAACGAGAGCCUGUUGGCGACCGCGAGCGGCUAGGUCGGGCACCUGAUGUCAUCACCCCUCAAGACUCGACCCAUGAGCCGCUGUCGGCCGGUUCAUCUCGAUUGGCGGUUCCGCACCACAUGUCGGCGGACCGUGAACGAACCUCGCGGAGACCCGCGACUUCCGACGGUAGAGAAAGCACACAAGCAACGCUCGGCAGCCACCGGAGAGGUUUAUUUUCGGUUGGCGCUGGAAGCGGUUCGAACUCGCCUGCCAGCUCGGUGCCGCCGUCACGCGAUAGUAGUCCCUCGCGAGCGGCAGCCGCCUCGCUGUUUUAUUCUCGCCAAGCCCCACCACCGGGAGACUCGGAUGAUCCAUACGCUGCGAGUAAGCGGCAAGCACAGAAGGGUAUUGAUUCACGCUUCAUAUUCUCCCGGAAGAAGAAACCAGGUGCUUCACCCAGCUCGUCGACCCUUAGUCUGCCGAGGGCGUUGGGCGAGAAACGGCAAUCGGACGAAAGUCUUGUCCAUAGUAGGAACAGCUCGAUGGCCGAUCUAAAACGCUUCUUCAAACUAGGCCCCAGCAACAAGGCGAAACGGACGGCAUCGCCAGCAUCGUCCAUUCGGUCCGGCGGCAAGACACCACCGAGUUCCAAAUCAGCGCAGAUUCCCUUCGGAGACGACCAUGGCCUCUCUGCCAAAUAUGGAAAGCUUGGGAGAGUGCUGGGCGCCGGGGCGGGUGGUUCGGUGAGGCUGAUGAAGCGUCCUGAAGACGGUGUCGUCUUUGCCGUUAAGGAGUUCCGGCCGCGGCACUCGUAUGAAACAGAGCGCGAGUACGUGAAGAAACUGACGGCCGAGUACUGCAUGGGCUCUUCGCUGCAUCAUGGGAACAUCAUCGAAACGCUCGAUAUCGUUCAGGAGAAGGGCAAGUGGUACGAGGUGAUGGAGUACGCCCCGUUCGAUCUCUUUGCCAUCGUCAUGACAGGCAAAAUGUCCCGGGAGGAAGUCAGCUGCUGUUUCUUGCAGAUUCUCAGCGGUGUCACGUACCUCCACAGCAUGGGUUUGGCGCACCGCGAUCUCAAACUCGACAAUGUGGUUGUCAGCGAACACGGUAUUAUGAAGAUUAUUGAUUUCGGGAGUGCCCAUGUGUUUAAAUACCCGUUUGAAACCAGUAUCGUACCUGCAACUGGCAUCGUUGGCUCCGAUCCGUACCUCGCACCCGAAGUGUACGACGAAAAGAAAUACGACCCACAAGCGGUCGAUAUCUGGUCGUUAGCGAUCAUCUACUGUUGCAUGACCCUUAGACGGUUCCCGUGGAAGCUCCCCAGGUUGUCCGACAACUCGUUCAAGCUCUUCGCCGCGGACCCGACGCCCGGCCACGACCCUAAGAAGCUCCUCCUCCCGCCUGCGAGUUCUACCUCAGCGUUAAACGACAUCCCGGCUCGCGACUUUGACCCGCAAGCCCUUCGUAACGACGCUAACAAGGCAGUGAAUCGCGAGGAGUCGAGCAAGGUUGAGCGGCCUUUAACUACGGCAUCGGCUGCCGGCAACGAAGGCAGCUCGCAGAACCCGUCCGGGGAAAAGAAGGAGGUAAUCCGGGGCCCGUGGCGCAUCCUCCGUCUGCUCCCUCGGGAGAGCAGGCACAUCAUCGGGCGGAUGCUGGAGCUGGAUCCCAAGAAGCGAGCCACCAUGGCCGACAUAUUGGACGACCCGUGGGUGGCGGACACGGUCAUAUGCCGACAGGAGGGCGGGCAUGUGGUGAAUGCUGACGACCACAAGCAUGUGUUGGAGCCGCCUGCGACGCCUGCCAAGUCUUAG